GCUUUCCUCCUUGUAGUCCGCCAUAUUGGAGUCUAGCUUGGCUCCGCUGUGGUCGGUUGUUCUCUUUCUCUGCCGCCCUGUGUUCUGUCGUUGCGGAUAAUUCCGCUCCCCGGCCCCCCUUCCCUUCGGUAUUGCUCCGGUGUGCGGCUUUCGGUUGAGCAGACGGUGUAAUAGCGCAGACAUGAGCCCUGCCGACGCCAAGAGAGGGGCGAAGCGGAGGAAGAACAAGCGGGGCGGAGGCAGCGGCAGCAGUAGCGGCAGUAACAGCAGUGCAGCCGGGGACGUGAAGGCGGCGGCUCUACGGGGACAGCACAGUGCGGCAGUCGGGGCCAGCAGCGGAGGAGCGGGCAGCGCAGCAGGAGCAGGCCUCAUCUCCAGCUCUUCCACCCCGCCCGGGACAGAGAUUGCAUUAAACGGUACCCCUUUCACAGAUGGACCACUCAGUUCCGAUUUCACCGGCGUCCCACAGGCACCCUUUACAUUUGGCCUGGGUCAGAGAGCGCCCUACACCACGGGUGAGCAUUGCCUCCUCUGCAGGAGUGAACGAAAGGACCUUACGCUCUCAGAGUGCGGCACAAAAAAUUCAAGCAAACUAGCACUUUCCACAUCUCCAAAAUCCAAUGCCAAGAUGCACCUUCCCUUAUGGGUAUGCUCAGACUGCCGGCGGACGGUAGAAAGCGAGGAUAUCCACCCCACACCAGACCAAUCAUUAGUGAGUCAAGAUUUCCUUUUGCACAUGCCACCGGGCAAUAGCGGUUCAAAGCAGGAAUCUGUUGGCGGAGGACGAAUGUUAGUCGGAGCCCAGACUGUUGCACCCACUGUGGCCCUUAAUAACUCUGCACCUCCUGAAAUGUCGUGCGGUUGUGACGCUUGUAAUGAGCGCAGGGAAAUUUCAGCAGAGACUGAACGGGAAUCCCAGCAGCUGCAAAAUUACUGGUCAGAUGUACGGUACAUGAUUCGUUGCAUAUACCGUCAAGCUGGAACGCCAUUGGCGGAUGACCAGGACCAGUCACUGGUGCCAGAGAAGGAUGGAAUGAAAGACUUGGUAGAUAGGUUAUGUGAAAGGGACCCUUACCAGUUGUAUCAACGCUUAGAGCAGCAAGCACGAGAGUACGUCCUGGAGAUGAAAGUCCGUCUACUCAAGCACUUGUCACUGGGCUUUAAGGUGGCCCCAAACAAACCUCCUCAAGCUCACCAAUUCAUCUCCCUCCUCCUAGAAGAAUACAGUGCCCUCUGUCAGGCGGCAUGCACAAUCGGCACCUUCCUCAUCACUUUGGAAAAUGAACAUUUGAAGAAAUUCCAGGUGACGUGGGAACUGCACAAUAAGCAUCUUUUUGAAAACUUGGUGUUUUCUGAACCGUUACUCCAAAAUAGCUUACCGGCGCUGGUUUCACAGUUAAGGCUGGGAACAACAUCGCACGACUCGUACAGCGAGGACAUGUACAGUACCUUAUUACAAAGGUACCUUCAGCUGGAGCAAGAGAUGGGUCAGAUUGCUGAAGAGUGGCUGGAGUGUCAAAAAAGAAUCGACAACUAUGUGGAUGAGCAGAUGGCUUUGCAGUCCAAACACAGGAUGCUAAAAGAAGAUUGGGAAUACUAUAAGCAAAGGAUGUUUAUUGAAGAACAAUUAAACAAUAAGAAGGCGUUAACUGGAGAAAACAACUUUGCAGACAAAAUGAGGCACAUGUUGUCAACGCGGAUGUGCAUGUCCGACUGUCCGAACUGUAACUACAGGAGGAGAUGCACCUGCGAUGACUGCAGCCUGUCUCACAUCCUCACAUGCGGUAUCAUGGAUACACCCAUUGCCGAUGAUAUCCACCUAAACCCCUUACCACUGCAAGUCGACGCUACUCCAGACUAUCUAUCGGAGAUACACCCACCCAGCAUGUCCUCCACCAGUUCAGGGUCUGGCCCCAAUUCUCCCAUCACUAUCCAGCAGCACCCCAGGCUGAUCCUUGCAGACAACGGCUCUGCACCGACAUUUGGUAGUGAUGAUGAAGAUGGAGCCCCUUUAUCAGCAAAAUUUGCUGAUAUCUACCCCCUGAACAACUACGAUGAUGCAGAUGUUGUGGCAAACAUGAAUGGAAUUCACAGUGAGCUCAAUGGUGGUGGUGAAAACAUGGCAUUGAAAGACGAGUCCCCUUCAGUGAGCAGCACGAGCAGCAGCUCCUCAGAGGCGGAUGAUGAAGAAGCAGAUGGGGAGAGCGGCAGUGAGCAGCCCGACUUGUCAAAAGAAGGCAUUCAUGUUGGGAAGAGGUCACCUAGAAAGGAAGGUCCAAAGAUGGAUAGCCCCCCUCCGUCAUACCUCAGCCCCCAGGUGGAAACCAUACCAAAUACUUGUGAAUGUCAUGUAUGUAAGCAGGAAGCUUCUGGCCUUUCCCCAUCUGCAGUGGUAGCUGGACGCCUCCCUCCUGGACAUCAGUUUGUUAAUCCUGACAAGCCGACACACCCAGCACUUCACCUCUACCCCCAUAUUCAUGGACAUUUACCCUUACAUACAAUCCCUCACUUGCCCAGACCUGUAAUCCAUCCCACACUCUAUGCUUCUCCGUUUGCACAUAAUAAGGCCUUGCCACCAACCACCGUUCAGAAUCACAUAAAUAAGCAUCAGGUGUUCAAUGCCUCUCUACAGGAUCACAUAUACCCAACCUGUUUUGGCAAUUCUCCCGAGUGGAACAGGUCGAAGUUUAUAAGUCUAUGGAAUUCAGAAAUGAUGAACGAGAAAAACUGGAACCCAACGUCUUUUUUACCAGACCCCUUGGCUGGGGGAGACAUAUUAGGUCCAGCACUCCCAGAAAUUAGACCAGAAACACUUCCAACCACAUCCAGCAACGAGACCACACCGGUACCGGAUGUGAAAGAGAAGAAAAACACUGCCAAAAAGAAAUGUCUUUAUAAUUUCCAGGAUGCCUUUAUAGAAGCAAAUAAGGUUGUGAUGGCCACAUCAUCUGCAACUUCGUCCGUUUCCUGCACAGCCACCACAGUACAGUCUAGCAGCAACCAGUUCAAAAUGUCAUCCAAGAGGCCUUCUUCUAUAGGUGAUGUAUUUCACAACAUCAAAGAAGAGCAUAGGCAUCCGUCUACACCAGUUGCACCGAGAAACAGUCCGACAAGCUUAGCUUCCCUUCCCAACCUGUCUCCUGCUACACAUUCAUCGGCCUCCACUCCACACCAUCCAAACAUUAAUCCUCAGCCUUUCCCCAAGACAGCUGCCACCGCUCCUGGUUUUGUGGAUCCACACUUAGGUUUCUGUCCUUCCACUGCUGCUCCUCCAACAUCUGCUACAGAUAGCACGCUGAGCGCACCUCCCAGUGUCUGCAGUGAUCCCGACUGUGAGGGUCAUAGGUGUGAAAACAGCGCCGCAUACGAUCACCAGCCAUACGACGGGGAGGAGAGUCAGGACGAGGACAGCUGCUCAGAACACAGCUCCAGCACAUCAACAUCCACCAAUCAGAAAGAGGGCAAAUACUGUGACUGCUGCUACUGCGAGUUCUUUGGACAUGGAGGGCCCCCAUCAGCGCCAACCAGCAGGAAUUACACGGAAAUGAGGGAGAAGCUCCGUUUACGGCUAACCAAGAGGAAAGAAGAGCAGCCGAAAAAGCCAGACCUGAUCCCAGAAAAGGAAUCCGGUGUGGUCGACCAUCGAAGGGUAGAAGAUCUAGUACAGUUUAUCAACAGCUCUGAAUCCAAACCAGUCAGCAGCUCCCGGGCAGCCAAGCGUGCAAGGCACAAGCAGAGAAAGGAGUAUGGGGCGAGCCCAGCAAUGAAUAUUGUUGGCCAUGAGCUUGGCUCAGAGGGCAGCAUGCAGGGAUUCUGCACCAGCACGGCUGAGGAACGGACUGACAAAGCAGAAGCUGAACCGGACCGAGAACGACCGGAAAAGCAGCAGCUGGAAGAAAAGGCACGACAAGAGGCUGAGACCAGAGAACGGGAAGACUAUCAACUACUAGAAGAGCAGCGGCAACAAGAGGAGGAGGAGAGGUUUAAGCGGGAAUUUCAUCGACACCAAGAGUGUGUGGCUCUCAAGAAAAAGAAGAAAGAUCGAUCUAAUAAAGACGGUCACAGGGCAGAUCGACCCAUACAUAGCACUCACCUCUGUAAAGAAGCCGCCACAGUGCUACUUCCUAAUGGGACCCUAGAGCAGGAAACCAUAUCUAUUCCACCUCCCACAAGGCAUUGUCACAAAACAGAGCUGAGUCCGUUUUUGGAGGCCAUGAACGAGCUACCGAACCACACAAAUGGCAGAGACUUGAAGUCGUACACCCACAAAGAGGUGAAGGCAAAACAGCAGGAGCAGCUCUCCCUCCUCCUUGACUUGGUCCAGCAAAAAGAAAACCACGUAAAGCAGAAGCCCAAAUCCCAAGUCGCAAAACUCAGCCCGGAACAGGUUAAAAAAUCUGAGGCCCCCAAGCUGUCUGAACCCCAACCAAAACCCAAGAACCAAAGCGAAACCAAAGUCCGAGCAGUGGAAGUCGCCCCUUUGGUUGAGCAGAAGAAGGAAGAGAAAAAGGCUGGUAAUGGUAACAACAAGAAGCAGUUAAAUUAUGUAAAGGAGGAAAAGCCACCAGCACCUUGUGAAGCCACCAUCAUAGCGGAGCAGCAGCACAACAAGCCACUGAUCACCGCUGAGUCCCCCCAGCCAAAGGGGAAAAGCAAGAGGAAUAAGAAAAAGAAAGGAGAAAAAGUGAAUAAUUCUAUUGAUGAUGUUUUUCUUCCAAAAGACAUUGAUCUCGACAGUGUUGAAAUGGAUGAGACCGAAAGAGAAGUGGAAUAUUUUAAAAGGUUUUGCUUAGACUCUGCCCGGCAGACAAGACAGAGGCUGUCAAUCAAUUGGUCCAACUUUAGCCUGAAGAAGACUACCUAUGCUGCACACUGACUGUGGAACUGUUCAUGGGGAAAGGGGGUCACCCUGCAGGAACCGAUGCCACUGGUGUAUGCCCUGCUGUUCUGACCGCUUUAUCAGGCCCCGAGCCAGUGCUGCCUUGCCUUGUCCCCAGUGCUGUGUGGAUCUGCACUGAACCCCCUCAGCCCCGACCAUUCUUGCUGAUCUGAAAACGAAUAUGCCACUUUCUACCUGAAUUUGUUAGCUUGUGUGCUCGUAGUCUGUGAGUUGAGACGUUGGUUGUAGCAAUACGCUCUCUUCUAAACUGCCUUGGCGUCGGACUUGAUACUGGUUCCUCGGGUUGAGUUGAAGCAUAGCUAGUUGUCAUCCACGAUGGCUCAUGUCACUUCUGCAGUACGCUGUGUUUUAUCCACAUGGAAAACAAAAGGAAUGGACUUUAUACUGCUCAUGUAAUCAUCACUGCUCCGAUCUCAUGGGGAAAUUCUCGUAAACGGACAAGCGUUUGUCAGCUCACAUACAAUCUACUGUUGGAAAGUGUACAAGAUACGCUUAUUUGUGUUUUUGGAUUUUUUUUUUCCCUCCCAACUCGUAGCCAGCUUGUGUAAGAAUGCUUGCAGAAUGAGGAUGUGAACAGGAGAAGAAAAACAAAAAAAGAAAAAAAAAAUACUCACACUAUCGAUCUGUUAUAGAGUGUAUAAUUGUAUUAACACUGACGCCCAAGUGGCUACUUUAACAUAUUGUUAAGUAAUAUUAAAAUCAUAUCUUUCUUUUUGAAAGAUGGAAUA